AUGACGCACCUGCCCGUUGGAGAGCAUUGGAGUUUCUCUAGCACCGCCUACCUCCUGGAGGAUAGCUAUCUGUUCCCCGUGAUGAAAGUGAACACAGGCUCAGAGCCUGCCUAUGGUUCACUUCAGAGCAUUGUUCGUUUUUCUCUUCUUUCCCUGCCAAUGUGUAGCUUCCUUCUUGCCCUCAUUAACGCGCUCGGUUUCACAAAGAUUGUCGCCAAUCCCCAUCCCAGUCCCUCCAACUGUAGAAGGCUGCAAUCGGGCAACUGCCUCAUCGCCCUAUGCAUCCUGACAAUGAUGCUGUCCGGCCUGCUUUGGGCCACGGUUCUGCCUCGGCUGAUCCACUUCGGCGCAGAACCCGCCCCCACAGGCAACGUCUCCCAGGCGCAGUCAACUGGCCGAAUAUUUGCUGCCCAGUUGCCGGCAAUUCUAACUACGCAGACAACCCUGCGUAUAGCCUCCAUUUGGUUUUCCGUCUAUAUACUCACAAGACAGCUUACUAGCCUGAGUACCGCGAGGAACUGUCCUGGCUGCGUUGUGGGUAAAGUUCCCCAGCCGCCAACUCAUCUCCCCGGCAGUGUGCUAGACCAGGAUGGUAGACGCUCCCAAUACCUCCUCCAGCCUUUCAUUCGAGCUGCUCGAUCAAUGCAUCAAAUUUUCCGACCCCAGAAGGACAUCUUACCCUAUCCGACAGAUUGUUCACACACCCUACGGGGACUCCCCUGUUGUUUCCGCUGCCGUAUGACGGCCCAGAGACAGCAUUUUGCUGAAGUCUGGUCUGAUCAUGGAGAUUGUGCUCAGACGUCCGGAGUCGUGCCCUCCUCCGCGGCGUCUUCCUGCAGGCGUGCCUACCUCUUCCAGUUCCGACAACUCUGUCCCGCCCUCAUAGUCUCAGGUUGCAUAGUGGGCUUUUCAAUGAUACUUUGCAUACCGCAGAUUUGGAAUUACCGGAUUCAUCUGAAGCGACUGAGCCCUAGUCAGCAGUUGCGAUCGCAGUACACAUGGUGUGUGACAAACAAUGCGGGUAGUAGUGUGUACGAGUACAUUUUGGCGAUAUUUGGGCUACUCCUGCCUAGCUUCUGUCUUCUAGUUCUCCUCAUUCUCUUCUCCUAUCGCAUCACACAAAUGAGCCUCAGUGGCUGUCAACAACGUUGGCUGGCUCAGAUCCCCGACACCUACGAAAGGACAAUUAAAGCUGCCGCUGCUCAACUUCUCUGGGAAACUAAGUUUGUCGGUCUGGCGGUGCUGCUGGCGUUCAUUGGUUGGCUACCCCUGACUGCAGCAAACACUGUUCAUCGUCUUUCUCAACUGGUGAAGACAGACCAGCAGCAGCAACAAAAGUGGCCAGAUCUGAUCACAUGGUUGGUCUGUGAGUUGUGCAUUCUCACGGGGGACUUCCUCGUGCAGUUUGUUCUACUGGUGAUGUUGCUCUGUGAAUCCGCUUGCCUGAAUUCCCGUCGGACUUCUAACCCAGUCGACGAAUUAGCAAUGGCUCUCUCAUUUACCUCGCCUCCGCUGCCUAGCAGAGGCGAGCCCAAUUUCGUGAAUGACUCUGUUCGUGUAAAUAGCACCCUGCAGGAUAUGGAGUCGCUGCAAGUCUCCGAUUUUGCCGCCAGCAGUCAACUUUCAGCUGCUAUGCAUGGCAUGCCGGACUCCGGUGUCAGCAGUGCUACAGCCUGUACAAACAAUGAAAAAAUGGAGAUGGCUCCGCCCACGGCGAGGACCUGCGGUAUCGGCGGUUACUUUGCCUCGCCCACAGCUAACAACGGCGCCAGGGCUCUCGUCUCGGCUGAGGUGUCCAUCACCUACGGAUCCGAGGAGUGUGGAAGUUCUGUUUGUCCAGGGAGGGGCGUCUGUUCAUCGGUGGCAACCACUGCCAACCAUCAUUACGAAUUGACUCGAGACGGAGGCCUUUAUCCCCCCUCCUCCACGGCCUCCUUUGCUGGCGCCCACGAGAGUGCGACGUCACCACCGCCGCUGCCGCCUCCGAAUUACACCUACGGGUUUCCAUCUCCGGUGUUUGCGGGCAGUAAGGCCUACCAUGGUCUGACAUCGCACGGGAACAGUGCCAGUCCGUCAGAAAAACUGCCCUGUUUCCGUGCCGUUCUGCCACCAUUACCACCAAAGGGCGAAGACUGCGAGGACUUCAUUGAUGCUGGCAAUGAGGUGGAUAACGGUUCGGAGGAGUCGGGUUCCCGGUACUUUGACCAGCAUGGAGUGCUUGUGUCAAAACUGUAG